AUUACAAGAUAGAAAUUUGCAGCGUGAGUCCGUUUGAUAUCGUUGUGCCAAAUUUGGCCAUAUGGACACGAAAGACGAUCAACAAAAUUCGCCUAAGAAGGUGGAUUCGAAAGAAGAAUCGAACGAGGCGGAUCGAGAGCAAUCGACACCAGGACCCGGAGUAAUACGAAGAAAUUUCAUAACAACUUCCGGUACUAUAGUGGAAACGAGCGAAGAACAACCACCGGAACCCACCACCGAAGAAGUAGUAAAUACUACGGGGUGUAACUCGAACGAACAAAGUCCGACAAACGUAAUCGUCGAUAUGCCGGCAGAGAAUUUUCAAAAUACGACUUACGGUCAAGAUUUGGAAUACGCCACUUUGAAUAUCGAAGGGAACGUGGUACCAAUAGCGGUGACAACUAAUAUAGAACAAACCGGCGACUACGCCAACCUCCAAACGGCUCAAUACAACAACGGUUACAGCGACGCCACCCAGUAUCUAACCCAACAACAAUACAAUAAUUUGUACAUGGAAAGAAACAGUGUCGGAAGCUCUUCUCCGAACGCCGUUUUAUACAGGGAAGAUCCGAAUUUGGCCGCAAAUCGAUAUCAAGGCAACUACGACGGCGCCCAGUCCCAAAUCAAUUUGAUAUCCGCUUCGGGGGAGACUUACUACACCGGUACUUGGCCUUCGACGAGCAGCGGUACUUACCACCAACAAUACGGUAACAACCCCAUACCGCAGGCAGAUAGUACCCAACCUUACGGGGGUUUAUUCGUUAAUUCGUCAUGGUCUUCUGGUAGUUUAGACGAGGGACGUCCGCCGCCGGGUCAAGAGGUACUAGUUAAAGAAUGCGUUAAUUGUGGGGCUAGUGUCACACCCCUUUGGCGUAGGGACGGUACGGGGCAUUAUCUGUGCAACGCUUGCGGUUUGUACCACAAAAUUAACGGGGUGCAUAGACCCCCCAUUAGGCCCAACAAAAAACCACAGGCGACCGGAAAUCGUAGGAACGGCGUCACUUGUGCCAAUUGUAAGACAAAUAAUACAACUUUAUGGAGGAGGAACAACCAAGGAGAGCCGGUUUGCAACGCUUGCGGCCUCUACUUCAAAUUACAUAACGUUAACAGACCUAUCAGUAUGAAAAAAGACGGUAUCCAGACCCGUAAGAGGAGACCGAAAAAUUCUGGGGGAAGUCAAGCCGUUUCCGGUCAUAUGAGAUUAGGCAGAAAAACUGAAGUUUAUGGUAUUUUUAAAGCCAUUCCGAAGAUUUUAUCAACUUCUAUGGCAGAAAAACUGAAGUUUAUGGUAUUUUCAGAGCCAUUCCGAGGAUUUUAUUGA